AUGUGGCGGACCGAAAAACGGGAGGAAUUCUAUGCCCUAGUGGGAUCUCAAGUGAUUGGCGAUCUGAGUUAUGAAGAAAUUUGCGGCCACUUCUCACAAAUUGUUUGGAAGUCGACCACACACGCCGGGUUUGGGAUGGCUCAAUCCCCGGACGGAUGCAAAGUGAUUGUGGUGGGAAUAUACUUCCCACCGGGUAACUUCAAAGACGAGUGGUGUGAAAAUGUGCCUACCCCGAUCAGUGGCGAGUGUUACAUCCCAUCAAAAGAGGAUAUCUGUGGUCUUCCUAGCCCCAGUCCAACGACAGAACCGACGCCAAAACAGACACCAUCCGUGGAGGACUCGUCGACAGAUAAGAUUAUCCACAUAACCAAACGACCUUCAAAUCACUCCGUGGAACGGUACGAUGCGGUCACGAAUUGUGGUGUGCUCACUGUCAAACGGGACGGAGAACCGAAAGAGCAAAUUCUGUCCCAAUCGACCGAGAUGGUGCAAUUGAGACCCAACACGCAAUCCGAGUGCAAAAAGGCCGCACACGUAAAGGAGGUGCACACUAUUCGUGCCAUCAGUCCGAAUUCAGUCGAUGACACCUUUGAGGUGCAUAUGUGGUACGAUCCCUCGAGUGGUAAUACGAUCCCUAUCUACCGUCCUGCGGAACCUUUAUGUAUCGAAGAUAUUCGAAUCUUUUAUGACGCCCUCAGCUCUAUAUCGGUACUCUUACGGGAACGAUAA